UCUCUUCUUCUUCACUCUAUCCCACUCCAAUUAUUCCUACUACAUAUACUGAGCCUAUGUAAUCCGUUUUUUCCUAACCCAUCAGUUUCUCCCCGUCCAAAUCCGGACAUCAAUUCCCGCCGCCGGAGGAUCUCCGUUCAACUGCCGCCGGAGCGUUAUCAGUUCCCUCUCCGAUCCUCACCUCCGCCGCCUGUGAUAUUGUCCGCAGAUUCCGAGCUCAAUUUGGAUGAACAUGAUUAUUACAUGAUCACAGAGCUUUCACUCGAUUGAUAAUUUGCCGCGCAGGAUUAUGUCGGGAUCAGGAUAUAACUAUGAUCAUUUGGUUGGCGAAGCUAAAACUAGGUGGCUGAAAGCUGCUGAAGUGCUCUUCAUAUUACAGAAUCAUGAGAACCUCCAGUUCACACAUGUUCCGCCUCAAAAACCUCCAAGCGGGUCUUUGUUUCUUUAUAACAAGAGAGUGGUGAGAUUUUUCCGUAAAGAUGGUCAUAGGUGGCGAAGGAAAAAGGAUGGUAGAGCCGGGGGAGAAGGGCAUGAAAGGCUCAAGGUAGGAAAUGUCGAAGCUCUCAAUUGUUAUUAUGCACAUGGAGAGCAGAAUCCAAAAUUUCAAAGGCGCAGCUAUUGGAUGUUAAAUCUGGCAUAUGAGCACAUUGCUUUGGUUCACUAUAGAGAUAUAAGUCAGGGAAAACAUACUGCCCAAUUCGUACCACGACAUUCUCCAUCUUCUACCUUCAACCAGAGCCCUAGUCCAUUUUCCAUUCAGAAUACAAGCUCUACUUCAGCCAUGCGUGAAUCUUGUGAACAACAAUCUAGUUCUGGAUCAAUGGAGAAUUCCCCCAUUGUUGUCACUAACAGCUACGGGAUAAAUCAGUCAAGUCACACAGUGGAGGAGGAUAGUAACUCAUCGUUGCUUGCAGUAAGUGACGCAUUGAGAAGGAUUGAGGAGCAGUUAAGUACGAAAUGUGACAGCUUGAAUGACAUUGAGCCCCCCUGCAACUCUAUAGCGUGCUCAGUUGGUGUUGACAAUAUUCAAGAUGAUUAUAUGCCAUUUAAUGAGAUACAAGAUGAUUCAAACACUGGUAACGUAACUGAUAAUAUACUUAUGGGGCAUGAAGGUAAUGGAUGUAAAGAAAUUUUAAAUGCGUAUGGAAGUUCUACGGCUGCAGAAUGUAACCCCGCCAAUGAGAUGACCACUCUGCUUGCAAGAGAUCCACUUGAAACAUCUGAAGUCAUUACAUGGCAAACUUUUGGCCCAGAAGAUCAUCUGAACUUAGGAAUUCAUCAACAAGUUGAAGAUGUCAGAUAUCUGACAUACAAGACAGCAUUGAAUUUUGGUGCAAUUAAUCAUGAUCAAUUUGGGACACCAUUUGAACACAAUCAGAUUGCAAGUCAUUUUGAAGAUAACACAUGCUUAACUAUUCCUCAAAGGCAGAAAUUUAGAAUUUCAGGUUUAUGUCCUGACUGGGGGUACACUGAUGAGACUACGAAGGUUAUCGUUACGGGAUCUUUUCAUUGUGAUUCAUCAGUGUCCCAAUGGAUGUGUAUGUUUGGUGACGUUGAAGUUCCUAUCCAGAUCAUUCAAGAUGGUGUCUUCUGUUGUGAUGCUCCUCCACAUUUGCCCGGUAAAGUUACUUUAUGCAUUACCAUGGGUGAUCAGGAAUCGUGCAGUGAGGUCAGGGAUUUCGAGUACAGAGUCAAGCACACUGGUACUGCUGACAAGGGCACUGAAGAAUUAUUGUUGCUUGUCAGGUUCGCAAAGAUGCUUCUGUUUGAUAAAUCAAGGGGCAAUGUAGGUAUUCUCGAAUCAGGAAAUGAUUUUUCAGAAAAAGCCAAAGAAAGUGAAGACUCAUGGAAUGAAGUGAUCGAGGGUCUUUUGUUGGGAGAUUUGUCAUCAAACCUCACAAUUGAUUGGCUUCUUGAGGAACUUUUGAAAGACAAGCUGCAGCAGUGGCUUGCUGCCACUUUGCAAGGAAAAGCAAGCCCAUUGGAUUCAAAUUGUGUCUUGUCCAGAAAAGAACAAGGGGUUAUACACAUGGUUUCUGGGUUGGGAUUUGAGUGGGCAUUACGAUCUAUUUUAGAUGCCGGAGUAGCAGUUGAUUUCCGUGACAUCAAUGGUUGGACUGCUCUACAUUGGGCUGCACGCUACGGGAGAGAAAAUAUGGUUGCUGCACUCAUAGCACAUGGUGCUUCAGCUGGAGCAGUAACUGAUCCCACUAAAGAAGACCUUAUUGGUCAGAGUCCUGCAGCAAUUGCUGCUACAUACGGCCACAAUGGACUUGCCGGUUAUCUUUCAGAAAUGGCACUCACCAGUCACCUUUCAUCCCUUAAAUUGGAAGAAACCGAACUAUCAAAAGGAGAUACACAGGUAAUGGAAGCAGAAACAGCCUUUGGAUGUAUCUAUGAAACUGAUGUCGCAACAAAUGAGGAUCAGAUUUCCAUGAAGGAUACACUAGCUGCAGCCAGGAAUGCUACUAUAGCCGCUGCACGUAUACAAGCUGCCUUUCGUGCACAUUCUUUCAGAAAGAGACAGCAGAGACAAGCUGCUGCUGCUGCUGCUGGUGAUGAGUUUGUUGCCCUCUCCAACUGCAUCAGUGGUUUUCCGGCUUCAUCCACCAAGCUAACUUAUCUUACCCCUCGAGAUUACACCUCAGCUGCUCUAACCAUUCAAAAAAAAUACCGAGGAUGGAAAGGCCGGAAGGAUUUCCUCGCAUUCCGUCAGAAAGUGAUAAAGAUACAGGCACAUGUACGUGGCUAUCGGGCAAGAAAGGAAUUCAGGGUAAGUUGGGCAACUGGGGUUCUGGAGAAGAUAGUACUGAGGUGGUGCCGGCAUGGAGUUGGCCUUCGCGGAUUCAAUCUAGAGAUGUGCGAAAGUGAUGACCGCGACGAAAUUCUCAAAGUGUUCCGCAAGCAGAAAGUGGAUGCGACCAUUGAGGAGGCAGUCUCUAGAGUUCUCUCCAUGGUUCAAUCUCCAGAGGCACGUCAACAGUAUUCUCGCAUUCUUGAAAAAUACCGCCAAGCUAAGGCCAACCUUCCCAGUGUGGCAGCCUAAGCUGCAUGGAAACGGACACAAGGACGGGGUUUUGGGCACGGGGAAAACCCAAAUUUUUAUGAAGUAUUUGAGUGUCGGAAUGUACCCAAACAGGGACGUUUUGGGAACAAGAAGCGAAAAUCAUUUGAAAUGGCGGGAAUCGAGGCAACGGCUUCUCAUGCUGCAUGUAUGCGUAGUUGCAAAUUUGGAGUACCCCCGCGAACCUACUUAUUGCAGCUUUAUUCGAUCCUUUUGGCCAAAAAAAGUGCAUUGGUGCAAUAUUAGUCAGUGGUUGUUUGUAUUGACUAGUUUGAAUGACCUAUAUAAGUUUAGAGGAUAUGUGUUGGUUAAUUAUUUUAAACUGUUUGGUAAAUUUUAUUAUUUGUAAAUAUCUAUUUUAUGUAUAAAGACGUGUUUCUAUGUAAAAAAUAAAUACUCCCUAGUCCC